AAACUGUUACCGGACCAGUGCGGUUGCGCAUUCCGAGAAAAUUUAGGUCUUUGUCGGCGAAACGAAAAAGCAAUAUGGGGAAAAAAAAUUUAUUUAGGAAGUGUUUUGUUGAAAUUAGUUUUUAAAAGCCGUCAAUGCUAAAUGAUAGGAAAAGUCACGAAAGCCCUCCAACACGAUGGGGAAACUACUUUCCAAAAUAUUUGGCAACAAGGAGAUGAGAAUAUUGAUGCUUGGGCUAGAUGCGGCUGGAAAAACGACAAUAUUGUACAAACUCAAAUUAGGGCAAUCAGUUACAACAAUUCCAACAGUGGGCUUUAAUGUGGAAACAGUGACCUACAAAAAUGUUAAAUUCAAUGUAUGGGAUGUUGGAGGGCAAGAUAAAAUAAGGCCUUUGUGGCGACACUACUAUACUGGAACCCAAGGCCUGAUCUUUGUUGUGGACUGUGCCGAUCGAGACCGCAUUGAUGAAGCUCGCCAGGAAUUACAUCGUAUUAUCAAUGAUCGAGAAAUGCGUGAUGCAAUAAUACUCAUAUUUGCUAACAAACAAGACCUGCCAGAGGCGAUGAAACCUCAUGAGAUUCAAGAGAAGUUGGGGCUCACACGAAUUAGAGAUCGAAAUUGGCAUGUUCAACCCGCCUGUGCCACCACUGGUGAUGGACUCUAUGAAGGACUCACAUGGCUGACAAGUAACCACAAGUUAUAGCAUCCAGUUGGAUUUUUCUGGAUUCUGAUACUGGAAUACCCAUGACUGUUGCUACCGUAACACUGGGAAAACCUCAAGGAAUUUCUUGAAUUGUCUAUACUGAAAUAUAAUUCUAGAUAUUUAUUCUACAGUUUUCUGAUUAUUCUACAGUUCUGCACCAAAAAAACCUCAAGUUACCUACUUCUCUUGUUGGCAAUAAAUAAUUAAUUUUGAAAAAUGAGAAUUGUAACUUUCUAUGUUUUUUACCACUUUUAAAAAUUAUUAUUUCCUACCACGGCUACAUCCAUCAAUUUAUUGAAAUUAUUUUUUUUCACUUUAUCAAAGGAAAGUUCAGACUCAUUGAAAAAAAAAAGAUUACGCUGUAUUAAUGUGUGAGACCUUGGGAGAUUGAAGAAAAUAAAUAUGAACAAUCUAUUGAAGAAAUUUUUGUUAAUGACACUACACCCGGCUAGUCAUGAAAAUAUGUGAAAUAUCAUACUUUAAUAUUUUUGAGAAUAAUUUGUGUACACGUGAAUGGCUUUUGAAAACUUUAACCUCAAAUGUUAUUAUUCAAAUUUUGCAAUAAUCUCAUUUCUUGCUAGAAAAGCUAACACUAAUACGUAAUAUGAAACUAUUACUAGUUUCCUGUUUUUUGUAUGUAUUCGUCAUUAAUUACGUGAGUGUACUUGAUCUGUUACACCUUUUUAUAAUUCCAGUGUUAUAAAGCUGUAAAAGACCACAAUGUACUGCUAUUUGAGGACUACACCCAGGUCGAUUUGAAGAUAAGGGGGAGGGGGGAGUACAACUAGAAUUAUAUGUUACACUUUUUUGUUGUAUACCUUUUGAUUUAAGAAAAAUAAGGAUUGAGACAUGGUCUAUUUGAAAUACUAUUUUUUUCCUUCAGUAGCUUGCCAUUCUGGUAAAAAUACUCUAUUAAUGACUGCAAAAUCUACCUUAUUUGUAUGUGUGAUGAUAUAUUUCAUACCACAAAAAUAAUUAUAUGUUCAAUCAUCUUUAAUGGCCUUUCCACUUUUUUCAAUUGUUAGUUUUGGAGAUAAAUCUGUUUUCAUGAGAUGUUCACAUGAAAACAGACAUUGAUGUGAUUGUCGUUUCCUCUGUCAUUUUCAAAGGGGUGUCUUACUUUAAUGUGGGAUAUAAUAAAGAUUUCUAUUGGCGUUCAUUGGUGAAUUCAAGAUUUACCCUUGGAUUUAUGGAUUUUUAUGAGACUUCUGCUCCGAAUAUACACUGCUGUUUUUCAAGUGAGGCACUCCUUGAAUUUUUUUUAUAUUCUGUAUCUUUGACCUUUCAAAAACAAAAAAUAUUCAUGGUUGUGAUGUUUAUGAUUAUCUGUUGGUACAUAACCUUUUACAAUAACUUGGUGUAGAUAUCCUCCAUAGCAGAUCUUUUUUUCAUUUUUGCAAUACCUAUUAGUGAAAGUAGGUACUUGCUUACAAAUUCAUAGCUUUGUCUUAUAUUAUUUUUGUAUAUUGUUUUGUGAAAGGUUGAAACAUUAUUCAUAAGUCAUGUAUACAAUAACAUAGUUUUAAUCAGGGUUGUAACAGAACCUUGCUUCGGGCUCCGCAAGUUUUUUAAAGGAGUUUUAACUUUUGUUCGUCACUUGUAUACUGUUACACUUGUUAGCUUUCCUAAAAACGUAGUUGUUUCAAAAGUAAAUAUGCAUAUUUCUAGUUGAGAAAUUGUCCACGUCUUUUCAAGAAAGCUAAGUAUAUAAAAAAUAUCCUAUCGUUCAUUUAUUGACGAAAUUGUAUGGCGGAGGCCAACUUCUGCACUUCCGCCUCUGCUACUGUUGUUCCGUUAUGUUACAACACUGGUUUUAUUAUCGUCUCAUGAUUGUGGUAUCAUAUUUAGUAAUCAUAUUUAGAGUUUUUAUUUUUCUUUUUAUUUCAUAAUGCCAAUAAUACCUUUAUAUAAGUCAAGACUGAA